AUGCGCUGCUUACGAGAAGGCAGUGCCCUUCCUACCGAUGCAGUGCACGGUUACCUGAGGCAGCAGUUGCCUACCGACGCAACCGACACAGCUCGCUUCGCCGCCAUCACGAAGGGCAUCACCGUCACCCAGACCGCCGUGCCUGGUGGCCGUGUUGUCACGGAGUUCAUCGCGGGGCAGGUCAUCGGAGGCGACGCUCUCCGCUGGCGAGCGGCCCGUGGAGGAGGCCGACGCGGCAGCCAUCUACAUCGCGGAGACGUAGACGCAAGGGGAGGACGGGUCAUGCCCAGUGGCCUCGCCGACCAGGCGUGGGUCGUGGCCAGCGCCAACGCAUGGGCUGAGCGCGACGAGGACAAGAUCACCAUCGACGACGUGCUCACGGUACAUACCUUAUUACGCGCGCGACAUGUACACUGUAUGCUCAUUCGUUCCCUUCGGUUAGCUAGAUAGGCUGUUUGAUUUGUAUAAUACGUGCGCAGGACGUGACGACGAAGCUGGCGGAUGACAAGCCGAUGGAGCACGCAAACGUGGUGAGUGUGGUGCAGGCGGAGACGUACAGCGACGCCGGAGCGCGCACCAAGGCCCCGCGUAGAUGCGAUCGUCGUGGGCUUGGGAUGCGUCGGGUGGGGCUGGUGUUCAUGCAUGCGGUCGGGAGGAAGGCCAGCGAGACGGUCGAGUAUACCAUGUCCAACCGCGAGGUGGUUUAGGCCGCUCAGCUGCAGGCGGAGGGCGGGAUCCCAGAGUGGGUCACCGCCGUGGUGAAGCUGGAGGUCGGAGACGACAACUCCGGGGACGUGCACUUUGAGGCGUUCCAGAUGAACGAGGUCUGCGUGAAGAUGUUCAAGGACGGAGUGUUGGAGACGGAGAUUGGGGACUCCGACGAUCCCCGCAUGUCCAAGAUGCGGAAGGAGGUGAUCGCAAAAGGGAAGGACACCAUGGAGGUGGACAAUGACUUCUUCCUGGUGCCUGUCAAGAGAUCACAAGGUCCGCUCUCCACGGGAUUCCCUAUCGAGAACCGUGGACUUCCUUCGCUAAUGAAUUUACAUUGUUCAAUUUGUUUGAAGUGUAAUGUCGUUGUUAUUCAUUCCGUUUCGUGAAGUAUCAUCUUAAAUGCAAUGUCUACAUAACCCAUUGCGUUUUGAAUUUUGAUUGAGAGAGAUGACCACGACUAGGGAGAUCGUGCCCUUACCGCGCGACCGGCCCGAGUGCGGCGGUGUAGGCAUGACGCCACGCGUCACACAGUAGCAUACCAUCCUAGCUCGGGUUGCUCGACACAUGCGAUGCCCUGUCGGGCUUGCACUCACCCGCCUCGUGUGCGCUUUGUACUAUUCAAGUAAAACAACACAUGUACAAGUAGUGACCGACACAGUGCACUGCUUACGAGAAGGCAGUGCCUUGCCUACCGAUGCAGUACACCUGAGCCAAUAGUGGCUUGACGAUCGACGCAGUGCCUUGGCUACCGAUGCAGUGCCUUGGCUACCGAUGCAGUGCCUUGACGAUCACUGCAAUGCCCUGGCUAUCGAUGCAGUGCACUACGUUGACGCAGUGUUACCCGAGGCAUUAGUGCCUUGCCUACCGACGCAACCGACGCAGUGCACUGCUUACGAGAAGGCAGUGCCUUGCCUACCGACGCAGCUAACGCAGCGCGCUGCUUACGAGAAGGCAACGCCCUUCCUACCGCAGACGCAGUGCACGGUUAUCUGAGGCAGCAGUUGCCUACCGACGCAACCGACACAAUGCACUACUUACGAGAAGGCAAUGCGCUGCCUACCGCUACCGAUGCAGUGCACUACGAUGACGCGGCCUAGACGAUGCAAUGCCCUGGCUAUCGAUGUAGUGCCUUGACAAUCGAUGCAAUGCCCUGGCUAUCGAUGCAGUGCCUUGCCGAUCGCUGCAAUGCCCUGGUUGCUGAUAAAGCGCCUUGCCGAUCGCUGCAAUGCCCUGGUUACCGAUGCAGCGCCUUGCCGAUCGCUGCAAUGCCCUGUCUAGCGAUGCAGCGCCUUGCCGAUUGCUGCAAUGCCUUGGCUACCGAUGCAGUGCCCUGCCAACUAACGAAGUGUACUGCCUACCAGAAGUCAUUGCACUGCCUACUGACUCCGUGGACUACAUAUUGGAAGGCAGUGCCUUGCCUACCGAUGCAGUACACUACGUUGACGCAGUGCACCUGUUACCCGAGCCAGCAGUGCCUUGACGAUCGAUGCAAUGCCCUGGCUACCAAUGCAGUGCCUUGACGAUCGAUGCAGUGCCUUGGCUACCGAUGCAGUGCCUUGACGAUCACUGCAAUGUCGUGGCUAUCGAUGCAGUGCACUACGUUGACGCAGUGUUAUCCGAGGCAUUAGUGCCUUGCCUACCGACGCAACCGACACAGCGUACUGCUUACGAGAAGGCAGCGCCCUUCCUACGGACACAAUGCACGGUUACCUGAGGCAGCAGUUGCCUACCGACGUAAUCGACACAGUGCACGGCUUACGAGAAGGCAAUGCCCUGCCUACCGCUAUCGAUGCAGUGCACUACGUUGACGUGGCCUUGACGAUCGAUGCAAUGCCCUGGCUAUCGAUGCACUGCCUUGACGAUCGAUGCAAUGCCUUGGCUACUGAUGCAGUGCCUUGCUGAUCGCUGCAAUGCCCUGGUUACCGAUGCAGCGCCUUGCCGAUCGCUGCAAUGCCCUGUCUAGCGAUGCAACGCCUUGCCGAUCGCUGCAAUGCCCUGGCUACCGAUGUAGUGCCCUGCCAACUGACGAAGUAUACCGCCUACCCGAAGUCAUUGCACUGCCUACCGACUCGGUGGACUACAUAUUGGAAGGCAGUGCCUUGCCUACCGAUGCAGUACACUAUGUUGACGCAGUGCACCUGUUACCCGAGCCAGCAGUGCCUUGACGAUCGAUGCAAUGCCCUUACUACCGAUGCAGUGCCUUGACGAUCGAUGAAGUGCCUUGGCUACCGAUGCAGUUGCUUGACGAUCACUGCAAUGCCCUGGCUAUUGAUGCAGCACUACGUUGACGCAGUGUGUUACCGGCAUUAGUGCCUUGCCUACCGACGCAACCGACGCAGUGCAUUGCUUACGAGAAGGCAAUGCCUUGCCUACCAACGCAGCUGACGCAGCACACUGCUUACGACAAGGCAGCACCCUUCUUACGGACGCAAUGCACGGUUACCUGAGGCAGCAGUUGCCUACCGACGCAACCGACACAGUGCACUGCUUACGAGAAGGCAAUGCUCUGCCUACCGCUAUCGAUGCAGUGCACUACGUUGACGUGGCCUUGAUGAUCGAUCAAUGCCCUGGCUACCUAUGCAGUGCCUUGACGAUCGAUGCAAUGCCCUGGCUACCGAUGCAGCGCCUCGCUGAUCGCUGCAAUGCCCUGGUUACCGAUCCAGCGCCUUGCAGAUCGCUGCAAUGCCCUGUCUAGCGAUGCAACACCUGGCUACCGAUGCAGUGCCCUGGCUACCGAUGCAGUGCCCUGCCAACUGACGAAGUUUACCGCCUACCCGAAGUCAUUGCACUACCUACCGACUCG